AUAAUCACAAUUGCUUUUGAAGUAUACUGUGAUAUUACUGAAAAAUCCAUGUUGCGUUUGCUGGAAAAAGAGACAUGUCCAUUAAGGGAAAAUGUUUUGUUUGAAGCAUUUUUCUCAUCGGCAGAUUCAUGUGCAUUGAAAUGUUUACAAGAGCCGUUCUGUGUUGGUUUUAACUUUUGUGAAGACAUAGCGAUAAGGGACGUAACUUGUCAAUUAACCCACACACGUCCACUGAACUAUGAACAUUGUACAGAUAACAAGUGGAGUUUCUAUGAAUUGUUAAAUCCACAAAGAAAGAUACCAUACAACAAAGAAAAAUUGUGCGAAAAUGGCGGAAUAACGACUGUUGACUUGAGAGACGGACCUGGUUCUGAUCCUUAUAGAUGUCAAUGUUCUUUUGGCUUUACGGGGGAAAAUUGUAUGCAAAAACUAUAUUUUUCAUCAUGCAAAGAAGCAGUAAAAGAUGGCAGGUAUAGUAUGCCUAAAACGUAGCUAAUUUCCAUAAACUAUAAAGGGGGAAUCAGUAGUCCUUAUUUGGUUAAAAACGUUACGUCUACCAAACAUAGAAUAGUUAAAAGUAAUUUACAGCAGUAAAAGAGGUGCAUUUUUCUGCCAAAAUUUUAAGAAAUAAAAUUAAUGUGUAAAUGUGAGCAGAUCGAUUAAAACUUUUGUAAAGAUUCAUCAUGUUUUAUAUAAUACGAUU